AUGUCAGCUCUCCUUAACCAGCGCACGGUCGCCAGGGCUGUCACGAUUAUCGCCGUCGGCGGAAUCAGUACAUACGCAGUCUCGAGUUUCCUUGGCCAGAGCGCGCUCGCGGAAUCGCCGGCGUCGCAGAGGGUUUUCGGCAAGGGACCGGCGUUCAAGUACCUCCAGCUACACAGCUCUGAGAGCGUCAACCAUAACACGAAGCGACUGCGCUUUGAGUUGCCGGGUGGAGAGAGUGCGCAAAGUGGUCUGGGACUCACAUCUGCUCUUCUCACUUUUUCUAAACCAGAGGGUAUCUGGCUACCCGCUGUGCGACCUUAUACACCUAUUAGCAAGCUGGAUGAACCUGGAUUUAUCGAGCUCCUUGUCAAAAAGUACCCCAACGGCAAAGCAAGCACGCACCUCCACAACCUAAAACCUGGCGACAGCCUGCUAUUUCUCGCGAGCAUCCCCGGGUUUUCUUGGACACCGAACAAAUUCUCGCACGUCUACCUCAUCGCAGGCGGUGCGGGCAUCACGCCCAUCUACCAGCUGGCACAGGGGAUCCUCGACAACCCGGCUGAUAAGACAAAGGUCACGGUGGUCUUUGGCGUUAACACCGAGGAAGAUCUCCUGCUACGAUCGGAGUUCGACGCGUACAAACAACAGUACCCCGACAAAUUCGAUAUCUACUAUACGGUCAGCCGGCCGAAGAAGGAUUUCUCUCCCGAGGAAGGCGUGCGGUCGGGAUACGUGACCAAGGAACUUCUCGCAGAGCUCAUGCAGGGGCCGAGUGAAAAGGACUCCAAGGUCUUUGUUUGCGGACCGCCGGCGAUGGAAACGGCUCUGGUGGGAGCUGGUCCGUUUGGAAAUGGCGGGACGGGAAUCCUGGAGCAGCUGGGUUACACAAAAGACCGGGUUCAUCGAUUCUAA